CAGCGGCGGCGACGGCGGCGCUGACACCUCCCACCAUGGACAGCUUCGACUUAGCCCUGCUCCAGGAAUGGGACCUCGAGUCGCUGUGGGGUGAAGACAUCUUAAACCAGAGGAAUGACUCUCUAGUUGUGGAAUUUCAGUCAUCAGCCAGCAGAUGCAGGAGUGUCUAUGAACCAGACAGAAAUGUGUUACGGAGGAAAGAACGAGAAAGAAGAAAUCAGGAAACUCAGCAAGAUGAUGGCACGUUUAAUUCGAGUUACUCCCUCUUUAGUGAACCUUACAAGACAAACAAGGGGGAUGAGCUCUCCAACCGGAUCCAGAACACUUUAGGCAAUUACGAUGAAAUGAAAGACUUUUUAACUGAUAGAUCUAAUCAGAGUCAUCUCGUGGGUGUUCCCAAACCUGGGGUUCCUCAGGCUCCUGUGAACAAGAUCGAUGAACAUUUUGUUGCAGAUUCAAGAGCCCAGACCCAGCCCUCAUCUGUCUGUAGCACAGCUUCUUCCACACCAGCAGCUGUCCCCACGCAGCAGAGUAAGAGGGGCACCAUGGGCUGGCAGAAGGCUGGGCACCCGCCAUCGGAUGGCCAACAGAGAGCAACACAACAAGGCUCUCUCAGGACCUUGCUUGGAGAUGGUGUUGGCAGACAGCAGCCACGAGCCAAACAAGUGUGCAAUGUAGAGGUGGGUCUUCAGACCCAUGAAAGGCCACCUGCUAUGGCAGCCAAGCACAGCAGCAGCGGACACUGUGUUCAGAACUUUCCUCCAUCCCUGGCUUCAAAACCCAGUCUGGUCCAGCAGAAACCCACCGCAUAUGUGCGGCCGAUGGACGGCCAAGAUCAGGCUCCUGAUGAGUCUCCAAAACUUAAAUCAUCCACAGAAACCAGUGUGCACUGCACGUCGUACAGGGGAGUCCCAGCCACCAAGCCAGAGUCCGCCAGAGCCAAGGCCAAGCUUUCCAAGUUCAGCAUCCCCAAACAAGGAGAGGAGAGUAGAUCUGGAGACACAAACAGCUGUGUUGAAGAAAUAAUUCGGGAGAUGACCUGGCUCCCACCACUUUCUGCGAUUCCAGCACCUGGCAAAGUGGAACCAAGCAAAUUUCCAUUUCCAAAUAAGGACUCUCAGCUUGUUUCCUCCGGACACAAUAAUCCAAAGAAAGGUGAUGCUGAGCCAGAGAGUCCAGACAAUGGCACAUCGAAUACAUCAAUGCUAGAAGAUGACCUUAAGCUAAGUAGUGAUGAAGAGGAGAAUGAGCAGCAGGCAGCCCAGAGAACAGCUCUCCACGCUCUGUCUGACAGCGCCGUGGUCCAGCAGGCCAACUGCAGAGCCUCCGUGCCUUCCAGCAAGGGCAGCAGCAGCGGCAGCAGCAGCAGCGGCAGCAGCUCGUCCAGUGACUCAGAGAGCAGCUCUGGAUCUGACUCGGAGACCGAGAGCAGUUCCAGUGAGAGUGAGGGCAGCAAGCCUCCCCACUACUCCAGCCCCGAGGCUGAACCAGCGUCUUCUAACAAGUGGCAGCUGGAUAAAUGGCUAAACAAAGUUAAUCCCCACAAGCCGCCUAUUCUGAUCCAAAAUGAAAGCCAUGGGCCAGAGAGCAAUCAAUACUACACUCCAGCAAAAGAGGAAGUGCAGGACUGUGGGAAACUUCCCAACGUUUGCCAAACCAGCCUGAGAGAGAAGGACAUCAAGAGCGCCUGCAAGGAGGAGCAGAGGCCAAGGACAGCGAACAAGGCCCCAGGGAGUAAAGGAGUGAAACAGAAGUCCCCUCCCGCAGCCGUGGCCGUGGCUGUGACUGCAGCUGCCCAGCCGCCCGCCGUGCCUGGCGCGCCUACCGAGAGCGUGCCCGCGCCCACCCGGAGGUCUGCGGGAAAGAAGCCCACCAGGCGCACCGAGAGGACCUCCACUGGCGACAGCACCAACUGCCACCGGCCUGAGGAGCCCGCAGCCGCAGACACGCUGGGGGCGAGCGUGGUGAUCCCUCCAGAGCCCACCAAAACCAGACCCUGCGGCAACAGCAGAACGAGCCACCGCAAGGAGCUGCGUUCCUCGGUGACCUGUGAGAAGCGCCGCACGCGGGGGCUGAGCAGGAUCGUCCCCAAAUCCAAGGAGUUCAUAGAAACAGAGUCGUCCUCUUCCUCCUCCUCCUCGGACUCGGACCUGGAGUCAGAGCAGGAGGAGUACCCUCUGUCCAAAGCGCAGGCCGUGGCCGCUGCUGCUGCCGCCUCCUCUGGGAAUGACCAGAGGCUGAAGGAAGCAGCUGGCAGCAUCAGCAGUGGUGGCGGCCCCCGGGCCCCUGUAGGCUCCAUCAACGCCAGGACCACCAGUGACAUUGCCAAGGAGCUGGAGGAGCAGUUCUACACACUGGUCCCUUUCGGGCGCAAUGAACUUCUCUCCCCCUUAAAGGAUAGUGAUGAAGUCAGGUCUCUCUGGGUCAAAAUUGACCUGACCCUCCUGUCCAGAAUCCCAGAACACCUGCCCCAGGAGCCUGGGGUAUUGAAUGCCCCUGCAGCCAAGGAUGCUGAGAGCACACAGGCAAGCCAUCCAUCCGACACUCCAGCCGAAAAGGCUUUGCCAAAAUCCAAGAGGAAACGCAAGUGUGACAAUGAAGACGACUACAGGGAGGUCAAGAAGGCCCAGGGAGAAAAAGAGAGCUCUUCACGACUGACUGCCUCUGCCAAUAAUACUUUACCUGCAAACCACUGCAGCAUGAAUAUCAACAGCUUGGCAAUACCAAUAAAUAAAAAUGAAAAAAUGCUCCGGUCACCCAUCUCACCCCUCUCUGAUGCAUCUAAACACAAAUAUUCCAGCGAGGACUUAACUUCUUCCAGCAGAUCAAAUGGCAGUGGCUUGUUCACUUCUGCCUCCUCCAACAAAAAGCAUAAGGCUGAGAACCAGCUGCAGUCUCACGCCGGAGACCUCACGAAGGCCGCUCACAACAAUUCCGAAAAUGUUCUCCACAAGUCACGGCCACAGACAGAGCCAUGGUCUCCAGGUGCCAAUGGCCACAGGGACUGCAAGAGGCAGAAACUUGUCUUCGAUGAUAUGCCACGCAGUGCAGAUUAUUUUAUGCAAGAAGCUAAACGGAUGAAGCAUAAAGCAGAUGCAAUGGUGGAAAAGUUUGGAAAGGCUUUGAACUAUGCUGAAGCAGCUUUGUCAUUUAUUGAGUGUGGAAACGCAAUGGAGCAAGGCCCGAUGGAAUCCAAAUCUCCUUAUACAAUGUAUUCGGAAACAGUAGAGCUCAUCAGGUAUGCUAUGAGACUAAAAACCCAUUCAGGCCCCAAUGCAACACCAGAGGACAAACAAUUGGCUGCAUUAUGUUACCGCUGCCUGGCUCUCCUGUAUUGGCGGAUGUUUCGGCUCAAAAGAGACCACGCUGUGAAGUAUUCAAAAGCACUUAUCGACUACUUCAAGAAUUCAUCUAAAGCUGCCCAAGCCCCAUCUCCAUGGGGGGCCAGUGGAAAGAGCACUGGAACCCCAUCCCCUAUGUCUCCCAACCCCUCCCCGACCAGCUCUGUGGGAUCUCAGGGGAGCCUCUCCAAUGCCAACGCCCUGUCCCCUUCAACCAUCGUCAGCAUCCCACAGCGCAUCCACCAGAUGGCAGCCAAUCACGUCAGCAUCACCAACAGCAUUCUCCACAGCUAUGACUACUGGGAGAUGGCAGACAACCUGGCCAAGGAGAACAGAGAAUUCUUCAAUGACCUGGAUUUGCUCAUGGGGCCUGUCACCCUGCACAGCAGCAUGGAACAUCUGGUCCAGUACUCUCAGCAGGGCCUGCACUGGCUGCGGAAUAGCACCCACCUCUCAUAGGGACCUUGCCCAUGAGCUGGAUUGUGCUCUCAUCUCCACAGAUGGCUCCAUGUGUCUGGACACUGUGCUACUGAAGUCCCCGGCCACAGCAUUUCCCAAACUGCGGUGAAUAUUUCCUCAGCAUCGAACAAUGGUCUUUUCCCAGGGCGUGUGUGUUGGUACGUGUGUGUGGGUGUUGAAGAAUCUGCCUGUGUGUGUGUAAGAUACACAGCUCUUGAGAACACGUUUUCUUUGUCUAGUUUCUGUAAUCCCAAACUAGGCAAAGUGAGCAGAGGUUUCUGAUUAGAGAAUAUACACUUACACACACACAUGCACACAAAAUCACACACACACUUUCUGUUUCAAAGCUAAACCAUGACUUCUAGAACAUUCAACCAAAAUCUCAUGGGUUAGUUAACCAGGUGCAAGACAGCACACCAAAAGCUUGACUGCCAGUUAAGAUGAACCUAGUUCUUACAUUGUUGAUUACUUUCAGUAUUAAUGUACUAUUCCCCCAAUUAAUUUUAAUUGUGUGUAUUUAUGGGUAAUUGAAUAAUGAAAAGAAGUCAGUUAUUUUUGUGCCUGACGUUUACUAGAUUGCAUGUGACCAAAUACCUUGCCUUUUGUCUAUUCCCCACCCCUUCCAUCCAACUUAUUAUCACCUAAAGGCAUCAUGAGCAAAUGGAUCAAAUCCCACAGGCCUGCCCUGCCCUGCCCUGCCCUCAAAAGCAUAUGUACAUGGCACUGGGAUCUGGCAAAAAGUCAGUGUCUUUGAAAGCUAACCGACACGAAAAGACAGCUGUGCUCGGAGCUCAGUCAAGAGUUGCAAGCUUCUGCACGUGCCAUGACAAGCCCACCCAGCACAUGUGUUGUUUCUUCCUGCCACUGUGACACAGUGGCCACAGAGCCACAUGGCAUUCAUCAGUCAAUAUUUUUCAAGUCUCUUCCCUCUGCGAUAGCUCUCUUACAAAUGUUCUUGGCCAAAUUAGGACAUUUCCUAGAAUGUCUCUUCACUAGGAGUCUGUAUCAGCUCCUUCUCAGGCUGAGAACCAUUCGCUAUCACGAGACUGAUCUUCUCACUCUUUGGGCAGAACGCAGUCCUUUAAUGCAUUUCAAUUUGGGGGCUGUGUUUCAGGCUUUGAUUAGCAAGCUGCUUACUGUGCAGGGUAAGUUAUUUUUGCAAAGACCGCUAAUCUGUUUGGGGUAGCAGCGACCACAGCAUCGUGCUUCCAUCCCGAGUGUCUGGUAUGUUUAUGUGUUGCCCUUGAUUCUUUUCUUUUCUUUUUUUUUUAAAUGAAGUUUACAUUUUAGUUUUUUGACAUCUCGUUUACAGUUUUUGUCUGAAACUUUAAUAGUCUCUUAUCGUGCCCUAGAUUUAGUCUUUUUGUUAAAUAUACUUGGAUAUAAAAAAUACUGGUAAAAAGAAAAAUUCCUACAAAAGAGCAUAGACCUUGCCAUAUCCUUAAAAACAAAAAUAAUGUCCUUGAAGCCUUUCACUUGACAGAAUUGCACCAGGAUGGUCUGAAAAAGACAGGUGCAUGCCGUAGGUGGAACACUCCGUUUUCCAAGGUGAUGGUGGCACAAAACAUUGAUAAUAGAUAGUGAUAUAUGCUCCCCCUGAUGCUCUUACUGGUUUGGUUGUAAUGGUCAUAUUUUUGUCACCUGACCUGUAGGUGGGAAAUAAGACUGCUGUAAUUCUAAGCACUGAUUCAAAAUUAUUGAGCAACUUUGGUGAUCUGAAGUGAAUCGAAAGUAAAGGGUUCGAAGGGAAAUAAAGCCGGUGAAAUAUUUGUAAAAUUUGUAUUUGGCUUCAGCCCUGAAGCAGCUAGAAAUACUACCAAUAUUUCUCUUUUACUUUUAUCUGAGGUGUUCCUCACAUCCCUUUCACUAGUUGUUGGCAGAGUUCAUGAUCCCCUCCUAUGUUGGAAAUUUGAGUCUAAUUUAGGAAAUUUUGGACUUUUUGUGUUUUUUAUUUUUUGGAGGACCAAGGCUUAUUUCUACUUCCUCUUGCUGAAUUCGGAUGAAAAGUUGAAACUCUCACAUAAAGGGAUGAUGAACCUCAAGGUCCGCAUCAUGUGUCCCCGGGGUGCUUUCUGGCCCUGCCCAUCCUUAAAGUCACAGCUCUUACGGGAGCCCCAUGAUGUGCUUACCCACAAAACCCCAGGGUAAACACACCAGUGGCCCCUGGCUGAUUGUGCCCACAGCAUUUUAAGCACUUAGGUGGCCCAUGUUUCCCAGCAAAACUUGGAACUGGUUAUUUUGGGAAUGGUCAGAACAUGUAGGUCCCUCCCUGUCUUUGAUCUCAUCAACAGACCAUGUGAGGACAGCAGUUUUUGUUUGCUUUGGCGUAGGUGAUUUUGGUAAGAAACCAUAUUCUGGUUGUUGUUUGUGAAAGUCAUUCAUAACUUGUUCUUUUUAUUUAGCUUUGUUCAAAGUAGGAAUACCUUUCUUGUGUUUUUGGAUUAUAAAACUAAUACAUGCUAGUUGUAAAGAUUCAAACGAAGACAGCAAUGUAUAAAGUAGAAAGUAGUAUGUCCCAUCCCCCGAAGACAACCACUGCUCACAGUUAUUCAUGUAGAUUCUUCUAGAGAUUCUCCCAUUUAAACAUAUAAUAUCUGUUAUCGUUUUUUUCUAUUUGAAGACACAUUAUUUCCUCAGAAGCCCAACACAAGUUCAGCUGACCUUACCCUUCCAUGACCUGAGUGGAUGCCUUCCUUUAUCACAAUAUUAGAGUUACCUUUGAAAGAAAGUUACCCAAAUACAUUCCUGAUCAAAAUCUGGAAUUUGUUACUACUCUCUAUACAGAUCAGACUUAUGUGCAGGAUUGUGCCUGGAAAGAAAGGCUUGGUUAAAACACAUAUUUCUGGAAACAUUCAAAUUGCAAAUGGAAACUCGGACCCACUAUCUAAAGAAGAAUGUACUGGAAAAAUAAUCUGAAGAGUUGACAAAUUGUGUACUAGAUUGAACACAUGGAAUGCAAUGCAAUGAGAUUUUCUGCACUAAAACUUAUCCUAGUAUGUAAAACAAUGAUGUGUGUAUUAUAUAACAGUGAUAUGUACAUUUCUGACAUCCCAUACAUAAUAUACACAGUUUGUAUAAAUGCAUACAUUUAAAAAUAUAUAUGUACAAUACAGCUAACAUAAAACUGUAGUAUGCCUGAAGGAUAUUACUAGUGCCUAACAUUGAGUAUAAGUCACUGCGUGUUCACAUCACCUUGGAAGUGCAGUAAUUGUUACAAAAUUAAUCAGUGCAGCCAACAUUAUUUAUGAAUCACAUCUUUGAAACUGUGCAGUAGUAUAUACAUAUAUAUUUUUAAAUAACAUUUUUCACAGUUUUCCAGAGUUACUGUUGAAAUCUGUAUCACCAAAAAAAAAAAAAAAAAAGCAAGAUUUUUUUAAUGAUGUAGACACUCUUCAGACCCAGUAAUCUGUGUGUGAUUUCCUGUUUGUAGAUACCCAAGAGACUUUAGCAGUCACCAGCCUUAAUGCAUGUACAGGAUAUUAUUGUGACUUAAUUUAUCUGCAGUUUUUAAUCCAUGUGAAAUUGGAAUUUAUAAACUGACCUGGAUUAAAUAUGUCUGCCUUUCUAAGGUUGCAAAUGUUACAUUAAAUGAUUUAUGUUGUAAAUGAGAGAAACCGAGUCGUAUGUUAAAAAAAAAAAAAAAAA